AUGGGGAGAACAGUUCAACCUGUGCAAGGGGCACCGGGAAUGGAGCUCGGGGAAGGGGGGAAGCCUGGCUCAGCGGGAGGGAGGGGGGAGGGGCUGUUGGCGGGGGACUAUGCGGAACUGAGAUGGGCGGAGGUGGCGUGGGGAAAGGAAAGCGCGUGGCGGGAGCACGAUUUCCCGCCUCCCCAUCCCGACGAUGUCGCCGCGUUAAUCGCGGUCAAGGCGACUUGGGGCGAAUUCCUGGGCUCCGACACGUGGCGCGUAACCCGCUCUUGCCGCGAGUGGAAAGGCGUGACGUGUGACCCAUCCAGCGGUCGAGUCAGGCGGAUCGAUUUGUCAGGAUGUCAGAUUCAGGGGAGGCUGCAUAGGGAUAUCGGCAAUCUUCCCGCUAUGGAGUCACUCAUUCUAAGCAACAACGAAAUCGACGGUUUCUUGCCCGCCACUUUAUCUCGUUUAUGGAAGCUGCAGUCGCUGUUUCUAGAUAGGAAUGGAAUUAGUGGGCAUAUCCCGGCUGGGUUGGGCUCGUUACCGAAUCUUCGCAUGCUCGACUUUGGUUACAACAAUUUGACCGGCACGAUCCCAGACGAUAUCGGUAACAGUAGUUCGAUCACUUCGCUCAUUCUACAGCACAACCAGAUUGGCGGGAAGAUCCCGCCCUCGUUAGGAGCAUCCCCGUCUUUGUCUGUGCUCAUCCUCAAUAACAACCGCAUAGAUGGGCAGAUUCCGUACGCGAUAGGAACAGCUUCGAAUCUGUAUUCGCUGGACUUGAGUCACAAUCGACUGUACGGACGGAUUCCCGAUGUGUUCUCGCAUUCGCCCAGCCUUUACAUGCUCAAUGUGGCGAAUAAUUUUCUCACCGGUCAGCUGCCCGAUUUCCCUGCGAAAACUGGCGAUAUCAACGGCGAAUCCGAGUUUUUCGUCGACGUGUCAAACAACUACUUGUACGGGCCGCUGAAAAUGAUGAUGGGAAACGUUUCAAUCUGCCCGACAAGUGACCGCGUGCCUGGCUUGCGGGUUUCAGUGGGGGGGAACUGCAUGUCCGGUUCUUUCAGCUGCCCGCUACACUUUCUCCAGCCUCAGCGAAAACCCGCCAAUUGCAACGCGUUCUGCAAAACAUUUUCGUUCGCCGGGCAGUGCGGCGGGCAGGGAACAUGCAUUCCCAAAAGCUCGGUUUCUCAACGGCUGAUGCGGAAUGUGACGUGUGCUUGUAACGAGGGCUACCUGCCCGACCCUAAAGAUCCUUUUGCAUGUCGCGAGGAGGGGGAGCUUUUGGAGCAAAAGGAGGACGUAUUGCGGAAAGAAGCACUGUGGAGGGCGGAGGCGGCGGGGGAAAGCGGAGGAGAGGCGGAGGUGCGGGGAGGGGCGGAAGAGGAGGGGAGAGAGGAAACUGUGCGGGGGGGGGAUUAUCAGGGGGAGGGGGAAGAGGAGGAGGGGGAAGGGCAAUGGGUGUCGGUCGGAGAUUUAGCAGAGCAGGAAGCGGAAACAGGUGGGGCGGAAGGGGGAGAUGAGGUGAGCGUGGGGGAGUGGGGAGAGGUGCAGGUGGGGAGAAGGGCGGGGGAAGGACGGGGGACGGGGGAAGCGGGGGGAGCGGGAGGAGCAGGGGGAGCGGCGGAGGGUAGAGUGGAUAGGAUGUUGAGGGGAAGCUGGGGGGGAGGGAGGGCGGGGGGGGAAAGCGGAAGGAGGUGGGGGGAAGGGGUUGACUGGGGACAAGGGGGGGACGCGCGGAGUGGGGGGAUGUGGAGGAAAAGAUACUCUAACACGAGAUAUGACAGAUAUGACGCGUUUCCGUAG